AUGACUACUAAUAGCCCAGAGCCUUCAGGAAUUAAGGUUUUAUCUCCUCUGGCCAAGAACCUCUUCCACCGGGCCAUUUCUGAGAGUGGCGUGGCCCUCUGUGUUGCUGUGGUCAAGAAUGAAAGCAGCUUGGCAGCUGAGAAAGUUGCUACCUUGGCUGGGUGUAAAACCACCACCUCUGCUGUCAUGGUUCACUGCCUGCGCCAGAAGACAGAGGAGGAACUCUUGGAGACAUCGCUGAAGAUGAAAUUCUUCAGUCUUGAUUUACUUGGAGACCCCAGAGAGAGCUAUCCCUUCCUGCCCAUUGUGGUUGAUGGGAUGCUGUUGCCAAAGACACCUGAAGAGAUUAUGGCAGAAAAGAAAUUCAACACCGUCCCCUACAUUGUUGGAAUCAACAAGCAAGAGUUUGGCUGGCUUCUUCCAAAAUUGAUGGGCUACCCACUCUCUGAAGGUAAACUGGACCAGAAGACAGCUGCAUCGCUCUUGUGGAAGUCCUACCCCCUUGUUGCCAUCCCUGAGGAACUGACUCCGGUGAUCACUGAGAAGUACUUAGGUGGGACAGAUGACCCUGUCAAAAAGAAAGACCUGUUCCUGGACAUGCUUGGAGAGGCAGCACUUGGUGUCCCAUCUGUGAUUGUGGCACGUCGUCACAGGGAUGCCGGAGGCCCCACCUACAUGUAUGAGUUUCAGCAUCGUCCAAGCUUCUCACCAGAGAUGAAACCCAAGACGGUGAUAGGAGAUCAUGGGGACGAGCUCUUCUCGGUCUUCGGGGCCCCAUUUUUAAAAGAGAGUGGCACAGAAGAGGAGGUCAAACUCAGCAACAUGGUGAUGAAACUGUGGGCCAACUUUGCUCGGAAUGGGGACCCCAAUGGAGAGGGGCUGCCCCAUUGGCCAGCAUAUGACCAGAAGGAAGGGUACCUGGAGAUUGGCAUCACCACUAAGGCAGCCCAGAAGCUGAAAGACAAGGAGGUGGCUUUCUGGACUGAGGUCCUGGCCAAGAAGGCAGCAGAGAAUCCAGCGCAGACAGAGCACAUUGAGCUAUGAACAGAGGGCCAACUGGGUACUCUACAUGGGCAUUCUACAGAAGGCACUUAUAGCUCAAAGAGGCUUCUUAUUGUGGAGGCUGAAGAAUUGUCUGGUGGGAUGGAGAGUUUUGUACUGAUUACCUCAAAUUUGGGAAUAAAUGUUUUGGAGAUGAAGCCAGUGUCUGUGUAUUGGUCUGGAGAUUAAACUUUCCUCCUUAGAGAGAAUGAGGUCCCUGGAUGGUGCAAAUGGUUUGUGCUUGACUACUAACUGAAAUGUUGACAGUUCAAACCCACCCAGCAGUGCUGCUGAAGAAAGAAGAAUGGCGUGGUGAUCUGCUUCCGUAAAUAUUACAGUCAAGAAAACCUUGUAGACCUUGGGCCUACUCUGUAACAAAUGAGGUCCCCAUGAGUUGGAGUCAAAGGCAAUGGGUUUGUUUUGGGUUUUUUCCUUAGAGUGACUGCACCAUGAGCAGGAAGGUGCUCUACUGGGGAUGGCUGGGCCUCUGGGCAAGCAGGAAGCAGCAGGCUGAGUUCUGGGAGCUGCUGAGGGGGCCCUAGUUCUGCACCAUCUCUCUGGGUCCUCAACAACUUCCAACAGCUGGAUUUGGGAUGGUCCGAGUAGAGCACCCCUCUUUUCAGUGUGGAGCUACCCAUGGAGGUGGAGGUGACACAGGCUGAGUGCGUCCCUGGAGUGAGGUGGGAGGGAGAGAGAGGUGCCAUGGUGACCCUGUGGCACUGCGGCAUGGCCUUACUGACCAUUCCACAGGCCUGUGCCACCUUCAAUAUGCACAGUACUCUCCCAGGCCCUCCCCAAGGCUACCUCCUCCAGCAGCUGGUCUGUAGCCUCUGUAGCCUGAACUACUUCUUGGGUGGUGACCACCUUGGAGUAAGUCCCUUAAGCAUCAUCCUAAAACUGCCUUAGAGGUUAGUUUUGCCUUCUGCUCAGAGGCAGAAAGCUAUAAGGAGUGUCAUUCUUACCCUAACUGCAGGAAAACACUGGAUUUUUCUCAAAAUUAUAACUUUUCCUUAACAUACCAAAAAGCUGGGGUUGAAAUCCAAACAAACAGCCUUAAAGACAGAUGACAGGCACUUUGGAGGAGAGAUGGGAUGUGAACACUGGCUCACCUGUGGCAGAACCCAGGGGGCAGACGGGACCACCAUACAGUGAGUGAGAAGAAUGAAUCUACAAUUUGUGAUGACAUGCGGAAGGCCAAGUGUAUGCUAGUGUGAGAGUGUAAAACUACGGGGAGGCCAGACCCAGAAUUUCUUUGGUGAUUGGAGACUUGUGGUAACAAGGUGAGGAGGUGUGAGGAAAGGCAAAGUCAGCGAGACCUUGUGGAGGCCUGAAUGUUGUCUGGGCAAUGGGCCCAAGAGAGCUACAGCAACUGGGCCAUUUUUGUCAACCUCCUGCUUUUCACCACUCUCCUGCACAGGUGUCCCCUAGCACUAAGCUGGGUAUCCACCUUUAUUGGCACUCAGGUCCUCUCAGCCUCUGCAGUC